CACUGUGCGUGGAAUUGGAAUCCCCAUCGCGGAGAGAGCAACAGAACAUCAGAACUAGGUAGAGGCAGGCCUUUGACUUGUUAUUUGCCAGUGCCAGUACCACAUUAGUCUAAAAUGGUACACGAUAUAGCUCUGACAAUACGUCCGGCUGAUUGUUGAUUGUCCCGGUAGUACCUACCGAACCGGUGCCGGUCUGUGACUUUCCCUUUAGGUAUAGUAACGAUUUAGACAUUUAUUUGUGAAAUCUUUGGAUCAUUUUAUACGAGUGCGUUUUAAGUGUUAAUCUAUAUAAAUAUAAUCGUUAAAAAUGUGAAAGGAGUGUAGUGAAUUAAACAAUAAUUUUGGAUUUACCAUUUUAAAGGGGUCCUGGACAUGACCGCCACGGAGAACACCAUCCGUUUCAGUGUCCACACCCUGGACAAAGCAACCAAAGCAAAAGUCACUUUAGAAAAUUAUUACAGUAAUCUUAUAGCCCAACAUGUAGAACGAAAACAAAGGUUAGCAAAAUUAGAAGAAUCCUUAAAAGACGACAGUCUCUCUGAGGAGCAGAAACAUGAAAAGAGGCUGCAACAUGCCCAAAAAGAAACCGAAUUCCUUAGGCUAAAACGAUCUCGAUUAGGUGUUGAAGACUUCGAACCUCUCAAAGUGAUAGGAAGAGGGGCGUUCGGAGAAGUUAGAUUAGUACAGAAAAAAGACACAGGCCACGUGUACGCUAUGAAAAUUCUCAGGAAAGCGGACAUGUUAGAAAAAGAACAGGUGGCCCAUGUAAGAGCAGAACGUGAUAUAUUAGUAGAAGCCGAUCACCAGUGGGUGGUUAAAAUGUAUUAUAGUUUUCAAGAUCCUAUUAACCUUUAUUUAAUAAUGGAAUUUCUGCCGGGCGGUGACAUGAUGACGCUUCUAAUGAAAAAAGACACGCUGUCAGAAGAGUGCACCCAGUUUUACAUAACGGAAACGGCGCUCGCCAUAGAUUCGAUACACAAACUCGGUUUCAUUCACAGAGACAUUAAACCGGAUAAUUUGUUAUUGGAUGCCAAAGGGCAUCUCAAGUUGUCGGAUUUCGGAUUGUGUACUGGUUUAAAGAAAUCUCAUCGGACGGACUUUUACAGGGAUCUAAGUCAGGCGAAACCGUCGGAUUUUAUUAUCACGUCGAGUCCAAUGGAUAGUAAACGUAGGGCGGAGAGCUGGAAGAAAAACAGGAGGGCGUUAGCGUAUAGUACAGUGGGCACGCCAGAUUAUAUAGCGCCUGAAGUAUUCAUGCAAACGGGAUACGGACCUGCCUGCGAUUGGUGGUCAUUGGGUGUGAUCAUGUACGAAAUGCUUAUAGGUUAUCCACCGUUUUGUUCAGAAAAUCCCCAAGACACGUACACGAAAGUUAUGAAUUGGAGGGAAACGUUAGUUUUUCCUGCCGAAGUACCGAUCUCUGAAGAGGCCAAAGAUACAAUCAUUAAGUUCUGUUGUGAAGCAGACAGAAGACUGGGAUCUCAAAAAGGUCUAGAAGAUCUGAAACUGAAUCAGUUCUUCCGUGGUGUGGAUUGGGAGCAUAUUAGGGAACGGCCGGCAGCCAUACCCGUAGAAGUUAAAUCAAUUGACGAUACAUCAAACUUUGAUGAUUUCCCUGAUGUUAAACUUGAAAUUCCUGCUGCACCCCUUCCUCAAGACGGCGAAAUUAACUACAAAGAUUGGGUGUUCAUAAACUACACGUUUAAGAGGUUUGAAGGUCUCACCCAGAGGGGCACUCCAACCAAGAAAUAGUUGUUUGUUAAUAGUUUUUACCACGAGAAAGAUAUAAUAGGCAGUUGGAUGCCCGCACUUAUUUUUAGAAAAUGACAACCACUUCAGAGAUGUUUAUAUUAAAUAUAUAGUGCUCUCCUAUAAUUUUUUAAUUGAAUUGAAAUACCAUUGUUUUCUAAAAAUAAGUUAAUUCUGUGUAAUAUAGGUCUGAAGCAGUUUUGCACUGUUUUUGCUUUUUGAAGAGCUGUGAAAACUGUACCUUGCAUUGUUCUCGAAACGAAUUUGUCGAUAAUAAACAAAACGUUAUCAAUAAUGUAAUCUUAAUUAACAAUUUAUUAUAUAUCUAUGAAAUUUUCAUAAAGUCUCACAUAUCUAGAACUAAUUCAUUGUUUAAAUAAUCGGCUUUUACAUUUUCACUGAGUCACUCAGAUUUAAAUACUGUGAAAAUAUAUUAAUUCUAAAUUGUUUUUGAGUUUAGAUAAAGUGACCUUUCGUCCCGAUUUUAAACCACUAGUCCCGGUUUUCUUGUCUGAUUUAAAAAAAACCUAUAAAUAUUUCAUUUAAGCCGCCUAAAAAUACAAUUUUUAUGGUGACGUGACAACGCACUCUAUUAAAUAUUAUGUGGCAACAGUGUUCUGUGUGGCAACUUUGUUUUGUCACCAUGUCGGCGGUGCACGUCAGGUUGCAAACAUGUUGGAAAUUCGCGAACAGAGAGAGACCACUUUUUAUUUUCUACCCCCCCCGUCCAUGUUUUCGAUUAGUCCUGCUUCCUACUUUUCAAAAUAUGGGCAAUUUAAGUUUAGGUCUACCGAUUGCAAGUGAUUUUUCGCCAGCAACUGUAUUUAAAAUGUUUUAAUUAAGUCCCAAAAUUUAUAUUUAUUAAAAAAAUAAUUGAAAAUACAAAUUUAAUUUCGUUUUUGUAGAACCAAUUUCACAUUUACUGCAAGAAGAGUUAAAAAUUAUCUAAAAAAAAACCUGAAAUAAAAGUUACUUCUAACUGUCCCUGAUGCAGAAUAACGUAGAUCUUUAGAUUAUUUGUUAUAAAACUGUUUUGAGCAAAUUAUAAAUUAUUGUGGUAAAUUCAAUAAUUAUGUCGUAAUAAAACGGUUGACAUUUGAUUUCAAGUUCAAUGCAAGCUUGUAAUUUUUUGUGUACAUGUUAAUUUUUGUUCAUUGUUACAAAGUGAUACUUUUUAUUAUUUUACAUUUGUUUUUAACUUAUAGAACUGUAUUUUUCUGGCUACGUACGUAGUUGGGGGAUAUUUUGUAUUAGCUUGAUUCAAGAAGUCGAUGAUAAUGAUGAUGAUGAUAAGUGAUGAUGGUCAAUAUUUCCUUAAUUUUAGCACCAUGUCAAUCCACUUCUGUCAGUGAGAUCAUUUUUUUAAUCUAAUAUGUUUGUUUUUGGAAUGAAAUUUGGAUUUAAGAGCAGGCAAAAGUAGUAGAUGUGGUAGUAGUUCAGUAAUAGCUUAAGGUUGAUGUCCCUUAAAUAAUAUAUAAGUUGCAGACUUUAACAACUAAAAUUCAUAUUUCUAUUAAUAAUUGUAAUUUCUAAAAUCUGCACUAUUUUGUUAAUUAGUAUUAAAUCGAGUUUAAAUGAGGACAUAAGCCUUAAAAUUGAGUGAAAAGUGGAAUAUUUACGUUGUGGCAUUUGAAAACCUAAGGACUUAGGGUUCCUACCAAGCAAACAGUAAAAAUUUUAAAACUAAGCAUGGCAAAAUGAGAUUAUUAUUUGUGUAUAUCAAUAAUACAGUAAGGAAAUGUUUUCGUUGUGCAUGGCCUUCGUUUUGUUGAUCAGUUGUUAGAUAGUAACAUUGGUAGAAAUAAUUUUGAAUCAGUGCAUUUAAAUCUAUGAAUUCAUUAUUAAAAAAAAUUUCAUUUCAUUAGUUUUUGUCAUAUAAAAGACGAAUAUACUUAAUUUCCUUCCCUAGAAAUGGACAUUUUAAAUAUCAACACAGGGAUUCUUAUGUGCGAACUCGACACGUUAUGUUGAAUAGAGAGAGACAUUACAUAAGAAUCGCAGUCAGUUGAACGAAGAUAUGCAUCUCGACAUAUGCUGUAUUGAAAGAUGAGAAUCGUACUGCUGAAGAGAUCUUGAGUUUCGGAGGACGUUCAGUAUUAAGUGGCUGAUUUGAAAGAGGCCAAUAACGUGUUAUAGAUGAAUUGGUAAAAUCUCUGAUAAUUUAUGUGAGAAUUUAUUUCUCUUUUAG